AAUUGUAAAAAAUGUUGGUGAACAAGCCGUUUAAUGUAGUUGCAUUUUUCUUAUUGUUUCACUAUGUAAUCCUUAGCCUUGUUUCUAUUCCAUACUGAUUUUACCAUUAUUGCUGUGCAGGGCAAGAGGUGGUGCAUGGAAGCAGAUGAACCCUGGCAAGCCCUUGUCUGCUGCAUGGAAUUUGCAAAGGCUUCAGACCCUACAAAAUAAAUCUCUCAUUUUCCAGUUCAUCAGGUAUGGCUACUAAGAGGGGCAAACGGUGCUGGGUCUCAUUCAGCUGGCUCAGCAUUGGCUUAUUCUUCUUUAGAUCUGCUGUACUAUAGGGACAUAUACCAAGUGUACUGAAAGCUACACAUUGUUAGUGUUCCUUAAAACUAUGCAAAGUAAUAUUGGCAGAGCUGAGAACUUAAGACUGAGGCCUCCAGCAGGGUACAGAUAUUUAUGUUUCUUUUUUUAGUGCUAUGCUAUGCAUUUUUAUAAGAGCCUUGACUGAAAUGCUCUUGGCAUGUGUAUAUUGGUAGCUUAGGUAACAGGUGGAAUGACGCAGGGAGCUCAUGGUGUUAUGGAGUUAGAUUUUUUUAUAGUUUAAAAUAGAAGGGGAAACUAGUGACAAAGGGUAUGUGUCCAUAUACACAAAACCAUUGCCCCGUUAUUAUCAUCUGUCUACAUAAAAGAACUUCCUGGAUCAUUUGAGAAGGAACUUUAUUCAAGGAAGAAUGUUUCCCCAGGGUGUAAAUUAUUUUUUAAGAUUCUGAGAAUUCUAAUUUGCUUAAUAUUAGAUGUACUUCUCCCCAGGAAGCAAUUUUGAUACAGAUUGCUUUCAACAUACAUAUAAUAGUAAAAAUAUUGAUUUGUUGUGGCAUUAGGGUCACAUCUGCCACUUAACCUACCUUUUUAACAUAGGAUGGUUCCUGCAAUGGACUGCAACAUUAUGCUGCCUUGGGUCCAGAUGAAAUAGGAGCUAAGGCAGUGAAUUUGAUGCCCUGUGAUAUCCCCCAAGAUGUGUACAGUGGUGUUGCUCAGCAGGAGUAUGUGUGGGAGGCCUCACAUUACCUGGUUCAGCAAGUGUUCAGCAGUCUGAAGGAAAUGUUCUCAGGAACUAGAGAAAUGCAGCUUUGGCUGACAGAGAGCGCUCGCAUGAUCUCCAAGUCUGGAAACACUGUGGAGUGGCAGACACCCUUAGGUCUACCGAUCAUGCAGCCAUACCACUGCGCCAAGCCUUUCUUUGUAAGUAAUGCGCUGCUAAACACUAUGGGGCAAAUUUAUUUAUGUUCGGAUAUCGACUGUCGAAGUUAA